AAAUGCGUUACUAUAAUUGGUGUUAUUAAGAAUGGAGUCAACUUCCAGAAUACUCAGAAGUCAGCUUGUCUCAAAUCUCAUUGAUAUUUUUGUUUGUUCACGCCCUAUGUUUUCUUUUUGAGCAUGCCAUGCAAUUUGAGACCGGAGUUUGUGCAUGUGAAAAGCAUACCGUUGUGUCUCCUAAAGAGGAGGCGAAUUAUGAAUGUGGAGUCGGUCACUUUCCAUCAUCAUCUUCGACAGAUAAAAAUCCACCUCCCAUCCCACCAAAAGCUUUUAAACAAAUCCCUCCUCUUCCUCCAAAACCCACAUCUCGUCCACUUCGACAAAUAAAACAUAGGUGUGUAAAAUGUGAACCAAUUAUCAACUUGGAAAACCCUAAUUUUUCGCCCAUCGGUCGCUUUCCAGACCUUUGUGCGGUAUGCAGGCGGAACGGUUUGCAUCCACACUCUACAUGUGACGUUGAGUCAAUCGAUAAACCUCAGAAACAUCCAAUUGAUUCUCUACCGGAUCACGAGGAUGUAAACUACAAAAAAUGCAUUGAAUGCCCUCAAACACCUAACAGUAACAGUAUGACGUUUCAGUACUCGUCUCAACAAAAGAGCGAAACAAGAAGACCAGGUAAAAUUUCAUCUAACGGGAAUGGUAAUUCCUGUUUGUUUACGUUCGAUAAAAAUAUUUCUGAUGCAAAAAUCACACAGCCAUCCAUUUGCAAACGGUUUACAAAACGACAUAUUUGUCAGGGAGUCUUGAAACAUCAAGGAGUUAAUUUAUGCGAGCUCGGAAGGGAUUCGAGCUCAACAUCUGACUUACCAGCAUCAAACUGUUCGUGCUCUGCAAAAAUAUGGGGUCCUAAUGGUGGUAAUAAACUAGACUCUAGCUAUGCAUCGAACCAAGGAUGCUUUUCCUCAGAAUAUCGUGGUCUCAAUUUAAUUUCAGAUCAUCCUGCUAGCCGAAAGAUUUCUCGGUAUCACCAGGAGCAAGGUGAUACAAAUAAAACAAGGUGUGGCAGUUUACAAUGGAUAUCUGACACUUUCCAACGUAUAUUUCAUGCUUCAAAGAGCUUCAAAUCUUCUAAAACAAAUUUUCUCCACCCACCAGAUGAUUCCGUUGUAAAUGUGAAAAAUUUACCUCAUCUAAAUGAAGAUAGAUUUUGUAGGCGACUGAAACCGCUUGUUCAUAAAAGAGAUCGCGAAUGGAAGACGGAUAUUUUCGAUCAGAAGUUUGGGGGUCGUUUCGUACAACAGAAACGUUCUUUCAGCUAUAAUAGUUCUUUUAUUGAAGGAGUCAGAUUUAGUUCAUAUAAUCAGAAUAGCUGUGAAUCUAAUGCAACUCUGAAUCCCCGUGUUGACCAUCAUUCACUUCCACCGAGAUCAGAAAACAGUCGCAGUUCCAUUAUUAAAUGUAGGAAUUCGCUUUUCAGUCCAGAUACAACAAAAAGACAUUUCGAGCGCCUUGAUAGUAUAAGCCCUUCAAACGGUCGAUUAAAACAGGUACAUGUAUCCAAAACUAUAGGAGCUUCCCAGUCCAGAUACCAGACUUCAAACCAUCCAAAUAUGUGUAUAAACCAUAAAAGACCAGAGUCUGCCCUCGCAAUGAUUUGUGCUUGUUCCCCUUAUGUAUCCAGUCACGUAAACCCCCUUGACUCUACUAGAGAAUGCUUUUCUUGUAUGGGGAAUCAUUCAUCAUCUACAAAAGUUCCAGCUUGUGGCUGUCCCAACCACAAAAACCAUAGGUGUUGGUUAAACAGUUCAAAUUGUUCGGGUAUAUCGAAACCCCACAUCGGGAAAGAACAAAACAACGACGAAGUUACUACUACUCGGUUCAAUGAGGGGAUCCUUCCAUUAAACCCUGAUGUCUUACUGGUUAAAGAACAUGAAAAUAACUCUAACUGUGAUACUACGAAUUCAGUUACUUCUCACCUUCCCUGUGAGAUUCCUGUCGAUUCCAACAAAAAAGUCUUAAACUGCACUGAAGGUAUCGAAUUUGGGGCACAUCCAACUACUAUAAUUGACAAGAACGGUCAAAUUCACCACGUCCAUCACAUACACCAUGUCCAUCAUGUUCAUCACCACCAUCAUCACCACGAAUGUGCAGACGGUGUCUCCAAUGAUAUUGCAUCCUGUCCUCUUAGUCCAGUUACCAGUCCAGUUGUCUGUGACAGACAACGUCCACCGACAACAAUUGCAUCUGCCUUGGAAACGUGCACCGUAGAGGAACCAAUAGUCAGUUCUCCAUCUUCCUGUCAGAAUCAGCAGGUUGGCGUUGCGGAACAAGUUGUUCCUGUGAGCAGUUGUCAUACCUAUAACGCCUAUGAUGUUAGGGCGUCUGAUAGUAUAAGUACAGCAGCGCCCAUCAGCUCAACACACACAUAUAGCCAAAGAUUGUCCUCUACGUUACAAGAUAGUCGAUCUUCAUUUCAUCGAAGUAUGUUAGAAUUGAGAAAGGUAAGAAGUUCUGAUUUAUUCUAUAUUUUAACACAUGAAUAUUUGUCACUAGAAGCCUCAACCGAAUUUAUCCGAGGAAAUAAAGCGCAAUGCUAGGGAUUUUGUGGCAUGUUUCUCUUGUUCCGUUGGUGUAGACGAAGUUCAUUUCUUUCCACCUGUAUAUAUAUGGAGGAAGUCGAUCUAUAGUGAAGAGUUCCAUUCAAUUGAUUGUUCGACGAUGAUCCGUAGUGUCGAGACUUGAUCUGUUCACGACUGAUCCUUACUGGACCCAACCUGUUGAUCUCGAAGUUGGGCAUCUACUUAGUCUUUCAUCCGGUUCAGCAUCACUGUUGAAAAUCUUUCGUGGUACUGACAGUAGUGUGAUUCCUGUUUAGUUUUGAUAUUCGCUCAUAUCUCCUUUGUUUGGUAUCUUGACGAGGUAUUGUUCUUUCCAGUCUGUCGGUGGCACGUGUUCUCCCUCGCAAAUCUUCUUUGAUGGAACGUGGAGCAUGUUUGUAGUUACUUCUAUGCGUGACCUUAGUGCUUUGACUGGUAUAUUGUCGGGUGGUGCUGCUUUCCCACUGUUGAUUUGUCUGAUGGAUAUUCUGAUUUGUUCGAUCGUUGUUAGAAUGAGAUUGAUAGGAAGAUCUGUGUGUGUCGUUUCGACAUGCAGUGGAUUCGAUGGAGCUGGUGUAUUUAAGGGUUGCUCGAAAUGUUCCACCCAUCUGUUGAUGUGUCAUUGAAUGUUGGUGAUUGUCUUGUUUUCCUUGUGCUUGACCGGUCUCUCUGCUUUGUCUUAUUUCCGUGUUGGUUUCUUCGUUGUGUUAUAAAGUUGUUUGAUAUUUGGUUCUGUUGCAGCUUUUUCCGUUGUCGUCGCUAGGUCUUCCAUAUAUUUGUGCUUGUCAGUUUUAGUGGUGUUGUUCACUUGGUUGUUUGCUUCUGUGUACUCAGCUUGUGUGUUGGCUUUCUCUGUUCUAAUUCGGCUGUUGUUAAUUGAUAUCUUCUUGUUCUUGCUUUCUUGAAUCCUGCCAUCGGUACCAAUAGAGAUCAGUAGCUUAUGGUGAUGCUUCUUUGGUCACAAAACCUCCGGAUUGAAUGGGUUUCCGUGAUUCUGAGAACUGUCAAGUUGUAUCUUCUCAUUUCCAUAGCUAUUUUAUUGGUCCUUUCGGUCUCCCACAUUGUCUGAACAUUCGAUAUACGUAUAUCGAUUGUUGCUGUGGUUGUUAGAAGAGGCAUCGGUAUUGUGACUUCUGAAGAAUCUGGGCUUUCAACAUGAGGCGUGGUAAUUUUUCCUUGAAGUCGAAGGGCAGAGUUUAGUUGGUUUAAAUUGUUUAUUCUGGUUAGCGUCUUUCCUAGCAAGUUUGUUUUCUAUGGGAUGUGGUUUCUGACUCCAUGUACCCUAAAAUAGCUAUAUGCAGAGUUAUUACAAACACUAUCAACAUGCUAGCCGAAUUAUAAGAACAUUUCAACUGUUCCCAUCGAAUACUCCCAAUAAGUACGUACAGGCGUAGUGUGCUGUUAGUGUCAAAGAUUUGUUUUACAAUUGAAGGCACGUGUGAACACCAUAUUUAUAAACACUUGUUGAUCAACGGUUAAUUAAGAUUUACGUCAUAUGUUUAUUGUUUGACUAG